GGUACUUGACAGCCAUACAAAGUAUUGGUGUGCCCAGCUGUUCACCAACCAGCACCCCCUCUUUUGUCAUCAUUCCGUUCAACUGCCCCCUUUCGAACGAUUCGCUGUCAAUUCAUCAUGGCCGACUCGGAAGUUCGACAGCGAAAGCCCGCGGUAGCUGCCGAUACCACCACCAAAACUCCGGCAAAAUCGACCAGUGGCAAAGCAAGGGAGGACGAUGACGAGACAUCAUGGGUCAUUGACAUCUUCCGCGUCCUGACGUUUCUGCUUGUCGCCUCGUGUGGUGUUAGCUACCUUGUUAGUGGUGGUGAGAGUUACUUUUGGGGAAUGAAGCAUAAGCCCAAUUAUCUUCAACUACGGUACUGGCAAACAAAAUUCUCCGGUCCCCAAUAUUUGACUCUGGAAGAGCUUGCCAAAUUCAACGGAAAGGAUGAAUCGACACCCCUAUACUUGGCUGUCAAUGGAACGAUAUACGAUGUUACCGAAGGCCGCCGCAUGUAUGGCCCGGGUGGAUCUUACAAUGUAUUUGUAGGUCGUGAUGCCUCCAGGGCGUUCGUUACUGGUUGUUUCAAGGAAGACUUCACUUCGGAUAUGCGAGGCGCUGAAAAGAUGUUCUUACCUUUGGAUGAUCCUAAGAUUGACGCGCAGUGGACAACCGCGGAGAUGGCGGAACUGAAGAAACAAGAACUUGAAGCUGCCAAGCAAAAGGUCCAUGAGGGGCUUGCACACUGGGCCAGCUUUUUUGCCAGGAAUGACAAGUACCAAAAGAUUGGCUAUGUCAAAUACCCCGAUGGCUGGCCUGAAAACGAGCCGAUUAGGGAACCCUGCGAAUAUGCUAUGAAGAACCGAAAGCCCCGGGAGCCCCGCCAGGAUAAAUGA